UAUCACUGCCCGGCAGCUGUUCACCUUCCCCUCGCCAUGGGACACGGCUCCGCUGCCACCGCGGCCCCGGCCGUCACAUGAGCGGCCCUGGCGGCCGGGCGGGCAGGACACCCCGCUCCCCUCCGGAGCUCGGCAUCCCCGGCCCCGCCGCAGCUCCUGCCCGCACCUGGGACCAGCCUGGCUGCAUCAGCCCCGGCGGGGCUCGCAGACUUGGGGCGCUGCCGCCGUCCCCUCGGGACCCCCCAGAGCGCACAGGGACCCCUCUUGGGCAGGACCGGCCAAGAUAACGCGGAGACUCCGGCCGCCACCAUGCCCGACUCGCCGGCCGAUGUGAAGACUCAGGCCCGCUCCACGCCGCCCAGCAUGCCCCCGCCGCCGGCCGCCACGCAGGGAGCCACACGCCACCCCUCCUUCACACCCAGCACCAAUCGAGACGCUGGCCCUCCGACGUUUCUGCCUCGCGGCCGUUUUCAUGGUUGCUUGAAAUGGUCGAUGGUCUGUCUUUUGAUGAACGGGAGCAGCCACUCGCCGACCGCCAUCAAUGGGGCUCCGUCCACCCCCAACGGGUUCAGCAACGGCCCGGCCACCUCCUCCAGCGCCUCCCUGUCCACCCACCAGCUCCCUCCAGCCUGCGGCGCCCGCCAGCUCUCCAAGCUCAAGCGCUUCCUCACCACCCUGCAGCAGUUUGGGAACGACAUCUCCCCCGAGAUCGGGGAGCGGGUGCGCACCCUCGUCCUGGGGCUCGUGAACUCCACCCUCACCAUCGAGGAGUUUCACGCCAAGCUCCAAGAGGCCACCAACUUCCCACUGCGACCCUUCGUCAUCCCCUUCCUCAAGGCCAACCUGCCGCUGCUGCAGCGGGAGCUGCUGCACUGCGCCCGCAUGGCCAAGCAGACCCCGGCCCAGUACCUGGCCCAGCACGAGCAGCUGCUGCUGGACGCCAACGCCUCCUCUCCCAUCGACUCCUCCGAGCUGCUCCUGGAGGUGGGCGAGAGCGGCAAGAGGAGGACGCCAGACAGGACCAAAGAGAACGGUUUGGACCGAGACCCCCUGCACCCCGAGCACCUCAGCAAGCGGCCGUGCACCAUGAGCCCAGCGCAGCGCUACAGCCCCAGCAACGGGCUGAGCCACCCCCCGAACGGGCUGGGGCACCCCCCGGCCGGGCCCCCCCUGCCCCAGCACUACCGCCUGGAGGACAUGGCCAUGGCACACCACUACCGGGACACCUACCGGCACCCCGACCCCCGGGAGCUCCGUGAGCGCCAGCGGCCCGCCGCCGUGCACGGGUCGCGGCAGGAGGAGGUGAUCGACCACCGGCUCACGGACAGGGAGUGGGCGGAGGAGUGGAAACACCUCAACAACCUGCUCAACUGCAUCAUGGACAUGGUGGAGAAGACGCGGCGGUCGCUGACGGUGCUGCGGCGGUGCCAGGAGGCCGAUCGCGAGGAGCUCAACCACUGGAUCCGGCGCUACAGCGACGCCGAGGACAUGAAGAAAGGCAGCCCCCCCUCCGCACGCCCCCACAACUCCUCCUCCGCCGCCGCCGAGGCUCCCCAGUUAGACGCUCACCGGGACUUUGCUCCGCGCCCGCUCUCCGGGUACAUGCCCGAGGAGAUCUGGAGGAAGGCUGAAGAAGCCGUGAACGAGGUGAAGCGCCAGGCCAUGUCCGAGCUGCAGAAGGCCGUGUCGGACGCCGAGCGGAAAGCCCACGAGCUGAUCACAACGGAGCGCGCCAAGAUGGAGCGGGCCUUGGCCGAGGCCAAGCGCCAGGCGUCCGAGGAUGCCCUCACCGUCAUCAAUCAGCAGGAGGACUCGAGCGAGAGCUGCUGGAACUGCGGGCGGAAGGCGAGCGAGACGUGCAGCGGCUGCAACACCGCGCGCUACUGCGGCUCCUUCUGCCAGCACAAGGAUUGGGAGAAGCACCACCACGUCUGCGGGCAGACUCUGCAGGGGCUGCCGGGCCCCGCCGCCCCCGGGCCGGGCCAGCCCGACGGGGUGCCCGCCAUGGCCAGCAGCCCCAGCGAGGCGGGCUCGGUGGCCGCGUCCCGCGCCGGCACUCCGGCCACGCCGGCGCCGCUGGACAGCGCGUCCCGCUGACCGCCCGCGGGCUGCCCGAGCCACGGACUGCACCCGGUGCAAUUUCCUCAGCUACCUGACUCGUGUGACCUCCGAAACGACCUCUCUAGCUCUCACAACUAAUCCUCACGGAUCCUCAAACUGGGCUUUAAGUGGAGUUAAGGCAAAUACCGGUCUCUGUUCUUUCUUCAGUCUUUGUUUUGGCUUUUUUUUCGGUUGGUUUUCUAUUGGUUGGGGGAUUGUGGUUUGGGAAUUUUUUUGGGGUUUUUUGGUUUUUGGGUUUUUUUUUUUUCCUUUUUUGCUCUUUGGAUGAGGGAUUUGGCUCCAGCCUCGCUACACGGUGCUGUGGGGAGAGACCAGCCCGAUCCCAUCCCCCAGCUGCGCUGCUGAGGGGCUCACUUGGAGGAGGAAAGAACCUUCUUUUCUUCAUCUCUCUCUUCCUAUUUUUUUUUUUAAACCUUCUUUUUUUUUUUUUUUUACUUUUUUUUUU